AUGGACGGCGACGACACAAAUCCUCCAGCCAGCCCCGAGUCUCGCCCGCAAACCGCCCACCGCGUCCUGCGACGAGUCCCCGGCAGCUUCAACGAAGACGACGGCAUCUCUCCCACAAAGGAGAACUUUGACGAUGUCUCAGUGCCGCAGCCUCCUUCCAAACCCGAUACCCAGAGCAAGCCAGCUCUAAGUUCCGAAAAUAUCCCAUUCCUUCAUCCUCCCAUCGAGAGCAGUUUCGCAGAAGGCCCGAGCGCUCUGGAUGGGAAGCACUCCGACUCCUUUACUGAACAAGUCGUCCGAGAACACCUGCAGGACGUCGAGUCCAGUUUCGCCAUCCCUCUGUCUCCGAUCCCCACCAUUGUUCCCAACGGCGUCGACGACACCUUUGUCUUCGACUCGCCCACCAAGAACCGUCCCGUGCAGCCUGCUCAAUCUUCGCCGCGCCACAAGCCGUCCGCCCCUAUGCCCACGCCGCCGGCCGACGUGGCACCCGGCAACCUGCAGACCCUCUCGCCCGUCAAGGAAGAAGACGACCACGACAGUACGCAGAACAGCCAUACUACCUCAUCGCUAUCCCUUGAAGCAUUCUCCUCCCCAACCACAGCCGCCGCAGCACGGACCAUAUCGAGGGCUUUGUCACAAGCGAGUAGUGAAAAGAAUGAUCUCGGUUAUGACUCUGGCACGACAGGGGAGAGCCCUCCCAAGUUCGACCGCUCGGUCGAUGACUCGCUGCUGAGAUCUGAUUACACUUCGGGCGGUAGCUUACGGCACCAGAGCUCGGAUAUCAGUUUGCGCAAGCUGUCGGUGGAUGCAGGAGGCACGCCAGGUCACGCGCUCAAGGGCGGGAAGCGACCAAAGUACUUGCGCAGUAGGAACGCCAGCCAACGGUCGUCCGUAUCAUCUUUCAAUACGAACGACGAUGUGGACAGCGACGUCACGGUGGGCUUGGGCGCCGACUACGCUCUCCAGUCUGGCGGCGCCGUACCAUCGCUCCCCCUGUCGCGGAGCACGAGCAACAUUCUUUCACGGUCCAUAAGCAUAGGCAGCAUGGCGUCCGGGAUCGAUGAUUUUCACGACUCCUCGGGCGGAGGACUUGGUCAGCUGGGCACAUUGGACGAAGACGAUGACCGCAUGGGCUAUCGGCGUACAAGCGGACGGGACGACGACGUGCUGCGAACGCCCAAGGCUAAGGGCUCUCUGGCCGCACCCACCGACACCGUCAUUGCACGCCACGUGCGGAACGUCCAGGUCCCCGAGUCGCUGGCAAGAGAAUACAGGACAAAGGGUGGCCUCGUCACGCCUAGAAAGCCGUCUGAGUUCAGCAUUGCCUCUACACACACGCGCCAGAAGGAGGAAAAGAAGGGCAUGACGCUUAAGGAACAGAGCAGCACGAUAGAGCGGCUCUCUAAGGAGAACUUCGACCUUAAGCUCAAAGUUAUGUUCCUGAGCGACAGACUUGGCAGAUUAUCCGAGGAAGGUGUUAAGGAGAUGAUUUCGGAAAACGUCGAGCUCAAGACUGGCCUUGCUGUUUUGCAACGAGACAACAAGGUCCUCCGCCGCCGUGUCAAGGAGCUCGAGAAGCAGAUGAAAGACGACAAUGAGCGUCCUGGCACUGCUCACAGUGGCGCAUCCUCCAAUGGCCAGACAAACGACUCGUUUGAACAGGACGCCCAGGAGCGCGAGGAAGAGCUGAUAUUUCUUCGGGAGCGCGUGGACGAGUACUUCACAGAGAUCGAAAGGCUUAGGAACGAGAACAUGUCCAAGGAGGCAGAGAAGCGACGCAUGGCUGAUGUUGUCAAAUCCCUGCAGAACCUGAGCGAGAAAAAUGUUGGCGAUACCCUAGCGCGUCAAGACGACGAGACCGAUGUCUGGAAGAGCCUCCACGAGCAGGAAGAGGCAAGGCGGAUACAAGUCGAUGAAGAAAACCGGAGACUUCGAGAAGAGCUAUCGCGGUUGAAACAAGAGUUGACUGGCGGCAACCCUGGAGCCGGUCUGCAUCACACCACAAAUAUCUACAACAUCACGAAGAAACCGAGAACAUCUUCCCCUACACGGCCCGUCUCGGGCAUGUCCGGUGAGACGGAUCAAAUGAACGGCAGUCUCAGCGCGGCCACAACCCUGGUAGAAGAACUGCGCCGAGAAAGCGAGCAGCUGAGGCACGAGAACGCGGAGCUGCGCCGAGAAGUAGGCGCCCAGACUUCUAUGCUGACGUCUAGAAAUCGGGAGAAGGAGCGGCUAUAUCAGGAAAUCGAAGACCUCAAGAUACAGCAGCGCCGCGGCGGACCUGCACCAUCCACCAUUGAUAGCAUCCUGGAACGAUCCGCAUCCCGCGCCGGCGUGCACGAAAGGUCGCAAUCGCGCGCCAGUGGCGGCACUCGUGCGGCUACCACGAUUGAGGAUCCAGAGCGCGAGGAGAUGGAAAACAAGAUGUCGGAGAUGCGCGACAAGAUCAACGAGAUGAAGCUGCAGAACCAGGACUUACAGCGGGAACUGGACUCUUGCAUGCAAGACUUUGAGCAGGCCAUUGAAGGGAAGAAGCAAGCAGAGCAGACAGUCCUGGACCUCGAAAAUGAGCUUGAAGGUGCUAUGAAUGAUCUGAUGCAGAUUCAAGCAGAGAGAGACGAGGCCCUACAAGAUCAGGCGGCUCUGGAGCAGGAGUUCAAUGCUUUGAGGAAGGAGGCGCAGGAAGAGUUGGAUGCUCUCGACGAGACUGUGGAGCAGAAGGACGCAGAGAUUCAACGGCUACAGCUCGAACUCAAUGACAGAUCGGAGAAUUUCGACGCACUUCAAGACGAAAUGCGCAAGAUGAGCGAGGCACUCAUACGCCUCGAGGACGAGCAGGAGAACAAGUUGCGCAGGAUACGGCAGCUCGAACAGGAUCUGGGCGAUGCUAACAAGGAGCUUGAGGAUCUGGAAGCUAAGCUGCUAGAGUCGAAUGACAAAGGACAGCGCUUGAGCGUCCAGCAGGAAUCAAGCCAAAACGAGAUUGCCUUCCUCCGCGAAGAACAGGAAGGUGAUAAGAUUCGCAUAGGCGACCUGGAAGCUGCGCUCGCGAACGCCGAACAGGUCAUUCGCGAGGAGAAGGAGCGUGCUCGUGAACUAGACCAACGUCUCGCCACUGAGCGCCGCCAGCGUGAGAUUGUGGCCGGCAGAGAAAAGGAGGAAGUCCAACAGGUUGUCAACCAGCUCAACAGAGAGGCCUCGGCAGCGAAGGACGAGUCGAGGAAGCUGAGGAAGAACUUGAGCAAGCAAGAGGUUGAGGCUGCUGAGUGGAAGGAGAGGUUGCUUGAGCUGGAGAGCAAUCUUCGUGAGGCGCUUGGAGAUCUCAACGGGACGAGAUCAAGCUUCCUCAGGGAUAUUGCGAAGCUCCAGCACGACCUCGACAAUACCGUCCGGGAGCUUGAUAGCACCCGAGCAGCGCUCAUGGAGAAGGAUCGCAUCAUCAAGCAGCGCGAUGGUCUCCUGGAGUCUCAUGGGCUGGAAUCCCGCAAAAUUGCUGAGACGUUGGAUAAAGAGCGCCAGGCACACCGCAAUACAAAGAACCAAUUCGAAGCGUUCCAAAAGACGCACAACCACGUCAACCGGAAUAUGUCGAAUGCCGAGACCAGAAUACUCGAACUGGAGACAGCCAAGACUCAAGACAAGAAAAGAAUCGCCACCCUCGAAGCGACCUUCAAGGAGCAGCUCAACGAGCGAAAUAGCCUGUUGCUUGUUCUCUGGACGAGACUGUCCUCGCUUUGCGGAACAGAUUGGGCCCAUGACAAUAGCCUCAUCAACGGUCGUGCGCUGCCGUCUCUCGAAGCUGUUGCAACAAUGCUGCCCGGCUUCAGCAAGAAUCUCCUUGCUGCGGUCAAGACCAUUGAGUCCAUCGUUGGCACUUUCCAGGGCCGCGUUAAAGGCGUCGAGAAAGAACUUUGGAAAGAAUACCAAAACUUGGAAGGCAAUCUUGACUCACGCAUCAAGAAGCUCGAUCGUCUCGAGGCUAUCGUACGAAGCGGCGUCGCUGCAGGCACUAUUGGCGGUGGGCCAGCACUGCAAGAGGCGCAGAGCAGGCUCGCCAGGUUAGAAGAUGCGUAUCGUCAGCUGAAGGUUGAGAAUGCUACUCUCCGGACAGCUAGUGAGGUUCGUGCCCGUGCGGCCUACGCAGCCACCGGGGAUCCUACUGCGAUAAUUGGAGAGGGAGUUGGAGGUGGCAGUCCUAGUCCGUCGAUACCCACCGGCCCCAGAGAUCGUACUAGAGAUAGAUCACAACGGCGACCUGGCACGAGGAGGGAGAACAGCCGAACAAGCACUAUGACGCGGACCCAGACCGAGAGGACAUUAAGCGCCGGAGAGCUUGCGCUAGCGGGCGACUUGAUGAAUGAGGAGGGCGCAGGAUACGGCAUCGAUAAUACGAAGUGGAUGCACCGACUCAAAGACUUGGAACUGAAGCUCAAGGCCGAAAGGGAAGGUCGUGCUCUUGACCGUAAUGAGGCAAACAGGAGGAUCAACACUCUCGAGCAGAUCACCGACCAGGCAAGAAUGCGCGAGGCGAAGGAGGAGAGGCGAAGACAGCUGGAGAGAGGUGGAUGA